AUGUCAAUGAAUAAUGAUGAUGAUGUUGAUAUUUCAUCAAAAUUAUAUAAUAUUGAACAAAAAUCAACACAAAUUUCUGACGUUGCUAAUGAAUUAGAUAAAUUAAGUCGUGAUGCUGAUAGUGAAGCAGAAAAUAUUGUCAAUGGAAACACAAAACCAUUUGAUAGAAAUUUAAUUGAACAGUUACUUGAACAAGAACGAAAAACAAAUGCACAAAAAGAUAAAAAUCAAUUAUCAAAAACUCUUCUUUCACUGAACGAAAGUUUAUCUAAAAAUGUUGCUAAAUGGCGUAAUGAAUUAAAAUCUCUUCGAAAUGAACUUGGAAAUCUUAAUCAAAGUAUGAAAAUACAAGAAUUAGUUGUACAUUUUCAAGAAUUAACUGAUCUUGUACAUAAUUCAUCGGAUAAAGUAUCAGCAUUUAUUACUACAAUACAAUCAGAUAUUAAUAAAAUACGAAAACAAAUAGAUUCAUGUAAAUGCUCAAAAGAAUCUGUACAUUUAAAACCAUCGAUUGUUGACAGUAAUCAAUUACAACAGAGUAUUAUUACAAAACAUCAUGUUGUUGAUAAAUCAUCAUCUUCAUCUAUAACAGCAAGCCCAACUACUAUUUCUCAAGAAUUAGUCAAUCAAACUGAAAAAAUCGAUCAUAAUAAUACGAUUGACAUUGCUCAAGUUAUCAAUCAACCCUCAUAA